AAAAGUUCACGAUUUAAAAAAGAUCUAAAAGAAAAUGUCGGCGUCCGCUACACCUGAACCGCCCAUUAAAGAAGUAGAAAAUUUGAAACUGGAGAAUGGAUCUGGAGACAGUGAAAAACCAACUCCACCCACUACACCAACUCCGUUACAAUCAACGCUCGAGGAACAAUUCAAGCUAUUUGCAAAAUUUGGAGAUCCGAAGUCAGAUGGAAGGCAAAUCACGUUAUCAAACAGCGACAAAUGGAUGAAACAGGCAAAAGUAAUCGAUGGCAAAAAGAUUACUACGACAGACACUGGAAUAUAUUUUAAAAAAUUAAAAUCUUUAAAAGUCGGAAUAGUAGAUUACAAAAAAUUCUUAGAAGAUUUGGCCAAGAACAAGAAAAUCGAAGCAAGUGAAAUCAAGAGUAAAUUGGCUAAUUGUGGCCCACCUGGUCAUCAUGGAUUAGGAAAAGUACACAAUACCAGUACUGUAGAUCGGCUAACUGACACUACAAAGUAUACUGGCACGCAUAAACAGAGGUUUGACGACAGUGGAAAAGGAAAAGGCAUUUCUGGACGGAAAGACGUACUGGACGACUCCGGCUAUGUCAGCGGCUAUCAAAAUAAGGAUACUUUUGACAAGAAAGAAUGAACAGUGCUUGAGUAAAAGUUAACUUGUUUUAACGUACGCAUCAGUGAUGUAUUUAUAGUUAUUCUAAAAAAAUAUUUAUUAUAGUUUUUUAUUUUUAACUCUAUGAUUAUAGUCCUGGAUUCAGCGACAUUUUUAUUGAUCACCAAAACCACUUUCUACGUUAAGUGUGUGGAAAUGUACUCGUAUAAAACUUUAGCAUUAUUUUUUAUACUACAUAAUUUUUCACGAAAAACAAAAGCAUAAUCGUACAUUUUGUUUGGUUUGGUUGGUUUUACCACGAUUUUCUUGUGUGUUAAUUUUCAAUGUCAUUAACAUAUAAACAUCAACUCAGUAAAAUGAACCAUCUAUUUUAGUAGCUAUUUUCAAUUGUAUUAUAAGUUUCUUUUCAAAAGAUACUAGCUCGCUCUCACAUUGGUUAUACAGAUUGGUCCAAACUGUGUUCCUGAAACUUCGUCAGCAUAUUCUGCAGGUAAAAAUAAGUAAAAAAGUUCUUAUAAAUGUAUGUCCUAAAAUGCUUAGUUUCGGAGAUA